AUGGCCGGCGAAUCCUCUGUUCGGCGGCGCAAGCCCGAACCCGCCACGGACACCCCCCCGGAGUCUGAGACGGCCGCGUCGCAGGACGAGGAACCGAAAAGGGAUGCACCCAAAAAGUCAAAGAAGAAAUCGACCAAAGACCGCCUCGACGACGACGAAUCGACCUCGCACGUCCUCGACAUCUUCCGCGUUCUCACCUUCCUCGUGCUCGCCUACUUUGGCCUGAGCUACCUCAUUUCCAACGGCGAAACCUACACCUGGGGCGUCACCAACGGCUCCAAGUACCUCAAGACUGACUGGUGGAUGAAGCAACUUCGCGGUCCCAUCUACCUCACCCCCGAGGAACUAGCCGGCUACGACGGCAGCGACCCCGACAAGCCGAUCUACCUGGCGAUCAACGGCAGCAUCUACGACGUGUCGUCCAACGCGCGGACGUACGGGCCCGGGGGUUCGUACCGGUUCUUCUCCGGGUGUGAUGCGGCGCGCGGGUUCGUAACGGGCUGCUUUGCCGAGGACCGCACGCCCGACAUGCGCGGCGUCGAGGAGAUGUUCCUGCCGCUGGACGACCCUGUGGUGGACCGCCAUUGGACGGCGGCCCAGCUGGCCGAGUUGAAGAAGCAGGAGAUGGCGGAGGCGGAGCGUAAGGUGCAGGAGGGCCUGACGCAUUGGGUGAAUUUCUUCAAGAACAGCCCCAAGUAUGACUUUGUUGGUUAUGUGAAGCGGCCUGAAGGGUGGCCGGGGACGGAGCCGAAGAGACCGCUUUGUGAGCAGGCGGCUAAGGGACGGAAGAAGCGGGUUAUCCCGAAGGAGGGGAAGUGA